AUGUCGUCGAGUCUGGGUUCACCACUACUCGAGCCCCUGCCCUUGUUGGGUUCGAUGCUUUGUACAUCGUCUGAAAAUUUUCUGGUGAGUGAGGGGCCGGAAAAGUUGUCGGAAGAGGAGGAGGUGACGGUGGCCUUGCAAAUUGGGUUGCCGGGGUGGGGCGGUAGAGAGCAGACGGUGGAGAGAGAGAGGGAGUGUGGGUAUUGGAUACCAACUCCGACGCAGAUAAUGGUUGGCAUCACGCAGUUCUCCUGUGCAGUUUGUGGGAAGUCGUUCAAUCGUUAUAAUAACAUGCAGAUGCACAUGUGGGGGCAUGGAUCACAAUAUCGGAAGGGCCCCGAGUCACUUAGAGGUAGCAAACCUCGCCCGAAGUUGGGGCUUCCAUGCUAUUGUUGUGCACAAGGAUGUCGAAACAACAUAGAGCACCCAAGGGCCAAGCCUCUCAAGGACUUUCGAACUCUUCAGACCCAUUACAAGCGAAAGCACGGGCUCAAACGCUUUAUGUGCCGAAAGUGUGGAAAGUUCUUGGCAGUUAGAGGAGAUUGGAGGACCCAUGAGAAGAACUGUGGAAAGCUAUGGUUCUGCACUUGUGGUUCUGACUUUAAGCACAAGAGGUCACUUAAGGACCAUGUUAGGGCUUUUGGUUUGGGGCAUGAGCCUGGUGGGGCUUCGUUCCUAGUCUUUUGA